UGAGGUGAGCAUGUGCAUUGAGAGAGUGGCCAUAUUCCUCCCUCACUUUUAGGAAAAAAGAAGACCUGAGUUUACACAGAAAGAAAAGAGGACAGUCUUUCAUCCAUCAGGAGGAGAUGCAGUUUCUCUGCAUCACAUGCUCAUCCUGUAUGAUGCUCUUGAUUUAAACAGACAUUUGGGGUGUUUGUGGCUGUUUCUCUUUUCCUCAUUCGGAACUUAUCUGUUUUGAAAAUAGGAAGAAUGAAAAGGCGAGUGGAAAGGAGGACAUGGGGCUGAAAUGGACAAUGUCUGUGUGUGAGGCAGCAAUGGCAGAACUCUCGAACCCCUUGACGAGCUGCACCAGCUCUCAACAAAUGCUCCAGUUUGGAUAACACACCAGAACGCCAAAGCGCUCACACACACACACAAACACACACACACAGGGAGAGGACCCCUUACAAAACGCAAAGGGUCCUCCGAAACAGAGUGUCUUCUACAUUUAACUGGAUUAAUCGCAAGAUCACAUCUACUGAACGACCCCGGAGUAUUAAUAAGUACUUCAAAUACUGUUAAACCUCUCAAAAAGAGAAGAAACGAAAGAUCGAUAAGAUUGGAACGUGGUUGAAGACAAUGAGUGUGGGUCGGAUCGGUCGUUACAGUGUCGUGUCAACAGAGGAGGAUGGUCUGCGUCUAACGACCAUGCAUGGUGGAGGGAUGAAUGGAUACGGCAAUGGCAAAAUCCACACUCGUCGAAAAUGUCGCAACCGUUUUGUGAAAAAGAAUGGGCAGUGCAAUGUACAGUUCACCAACAUGGACGAGAAGUCCCAGCGCUACCUGGCGGACAUGUUUACCACCUGCGUGGACAUCCGUUGGCGCUACAUGCUAAUUGUUUUCACGCUUGUCUUUGUAAUUUCCUGGUUGGCAUUUGGAUUGGCGUUUUGGGUUAUCGCGCUUCUUCACGGUGACCUGGACAACCCGGCAGGUGAUGAUAACUUUACCCCGUGUGUCUUGCAGGUGAACGGUUUCAUCGCUGCAUUCCUGUUCUCCAUUGAGACGCAAACGACUAUUGGUUACGGUUUCCGCUGCGUCACGGAGGAGUGUCCUCUCGCGGUGUUUCUCGUGGUCUUCCAGUCUAUCGUGGGCAGCAUUAUCGACUGCUUCAUGAUCGGCGCCAUCAUGGCCAAAAUGGCCCGGCCCAAGAAGCGAGCACAAACUCUACUGUUCUCAAAUAACGCAGUCAUCGCCAUGCGUGAUGGAAGACUGUGCUUAAUGUGGCGGGUAGGGAACCUACGAAAGAGUCACAUUGUAGAGGCACACGUUCGGGCACAGCUCAUCAAACCGCGCGUCACGGCUGAAGGCGAGUACAUUCCGCUUGACCAACUGGACAUAAACGUUGGUUUCGAUAAAGGACUCGACCGCAUCUUCCUUGUCUCGCCAAUCACCAUCCUUCAUCAAAUCGACCAGGAGAGCCCUCUGUUCGGCAUCAGUAAGCAGGACCUUGAAACGGCCGAUUUUGAGAUCGUAGUGAUCUUGGAGGGCAUGGUGGAAGCAACGGCCAUGACGGCACAGGCUCGAAGCUCGUAUCUGGCCAGCGAGAUCCUCUGGGGGCAUCGAUUUGAGUCUGUGCUGUUUGAGGAGAAGAACCAAUACAAAGUCGACUACUCACACUUCCACAAGACGUACGAGGUGCCGUCCACUCCUCGCUGUAGUGCCAAGGACAUGAUGGAAAACAAGUACCUCGUCGUGCCCAGCGCCAACUCAUUCUGCUACGAGAACGAGCUGGCGAUACUGAGCCACGAAGAGGAAGAGGAUGAAAGUCCAGAGAGGAUCAAGCCGGAGCGAGCGAUGAGCCUCAGCCCUGAGAGAACGCCGCGACAUGACUUCGAACGGCUGCAGACUCCUCGUUGCACAGAGCAAAUGUCAUACCGUCGUGAAUCUGAGAUAUGAACCUGUGCUAUGACCUUUUUGAUACUUUGUCAAAUUUUGUGUUUCGUUCCUGGAGAUACUGGAGUUUCAAAAAUGCAGAACAAUGCAAAGUGCCAUACGGAGAGAGUGAGCGUGUGAAUGAGCGAAAACUAAUGAAUGUUUGAAAGCUGGAGAAAUAUGUAGAGGAGCUGAGAACGUUUGUAGACCAGGCCAGAGGGAAUCUUUAUCCUGCACGGAAAACUUGAAUCUCUUCCUUUUUUCAUGAAAAUAGUUUAGCUGUUAAAAUAUUGAUUCUUAAAGGAAUAUUCCGGGUUCAAGUUAAGUUCAAUCAACAGCACUUGUGGCAUAAUGUUGAUUAACACAAAAAUGUAUUUUGACUGCUUUUCUUUAAAAAAAAAAAAAAAAGAAAAAAUCUGGGUUUCAGAUUUACUUACAAUGGAAGUGAAUGGGGCCAAUCCGUAAAUGUUAAAAUACUUUUUCAAAAGUUUAGCCACAACUUACGUAAACAAUAUGCAUGUUAGCAUGAUUUUAAUGUGAUAAAAUCACCUACUAACUUUUCUGUGUAAAGUUAUAGCCAAUUUUCGUUGCCAUGACAACAUAACAGCGUAAACCUUUAAACGACCAUUAAAAAAAACAAAUCAAAUAAUACAUGAGUUUUAAAGGUGCUGUAAGUGGGGUUUUUUUAAUGGAAAGUUAUGCAAAAAGAAAUUCCUACUCCCUGAAAGAUAUUAAUGAAAUAAUUGUCGUAAGAUAUCUCACCAGUUGCUACGAAAGAUCUAGAAACUGUAAAUAGCAAACAAAAAUGUGUCCGCGGGCUGCGGACAAUGCUGCUUUUGACCUGUCAGUGAUUUUGCGUGUUCUCAUAGUAUUGUAGUUUCAGUGAAUUUUUGAGGCUUACUGCCAUUUUUAAGUCAUGUUUCUCAUAACAGUUGUCAGUUGAGGGCGCUAUUUUUCUGCUUUUUUUUUUGACAACUGUUUCUGCAUGAUGUCGGUCUCAAUUAAGCUCAUUUGGUAUCUUUGGACUAGUGUGGGGUUUUGGAAAGAGGGGCGUGGCUGUUUCAACGGCUCAGUCUCGUGGAAGUAGAGCGGCUUGUAAGUGUAAGUGUUUAUAUUAGAUUAUAAGCUUCACAUUUCUGCCUUUAAACCUCCAAAAAUUGUCCCUAUUCACUUCCAUUGUAAGUGCCUCACUGUAACAUCCAUUUUUGAGGGACUGGACUAAAGUGUUUUUGUGUUAAUCAACAUUAUGCCACAAAUGCUUUCGAUUGAGCUUAACUUGUAUUGAACUCGGAAAAUCCUUAAAAGGAAUAGUUCGCUCAGAAAUAAAACUUUGUCAUUUUUUACUCUUACAAAUUUUUAUCGCCCCAUUGGGAGCUUGACAGACAUGGUUACCAUACACUAUCAUUGGAAAAGAGCAGUAUGAAGAUUAAAAAGAAAUUAUUUUGUGUUCCAUGGAAAAAUUGCAGAAUAUGGGUUUGGAACAACAUGAGGGUGAGUAAAUAAUGGCAGAAUUUUCCUUUUUCGGUGAACUAUUUCUUGAAUGUGUAAAUAUUUCUGCAUAAAUACGAUUUUGCGUGCGGUAUUACUUUCUUGCGAGAGACAAAAGCAUUACCUUUAGAAAGAAAAGGAAAAAUAAAUUAGUAUUUUUAUUUUUGCAUUCAAUCCACGCACAAAUGACAAGCAAUGCCGGGGCAAACUGUCCCUUGAGUUCCACAUACACACUCAUGCACACACACAGAUCAGUGAGACAUGAUAAAUUCCCAUUUAAAACUGCACUAUUUAGACAGACCAAGUGAACAAUGUGAGCACCUGAGUGUGAAUGAGUGUGUGUGUGUUUGUGUGUUUUGCAGCUGAGCACGGCCUCAUAUCAGACACACAAGGAGGAGGUUAAAUUACAAACACUCCUAAACCUGCAACAACAUGCUCAUGCAUAUGUGUUAUAUAGAUAUAUUGAUAUCAAAAUAUAGGUAUAUAUUUAGUUAGAUAAUGUAGAUUUUAUUAGUUUGCACCAUGUAAUGACAGACCUUUGGAGAUCUCAAUAAGAUCAUCAUUGAUCUCAUUUUAAAAUGAUGCAUUUUAUAUAUAAAAUGAUAUUAUUUUAUACAUAAAAUAAUCAAAAAAUAUUAUUUGAACUCUUUUAGCUUUUGUCCCAGAGACUGGUGUCACAUAGGAAUGUACCGGAUUCAAUAUUAUGUAGGCUACGCUCUGUGUAGCAUCUGUGAAAUGCUGCUGAUUAACUUUGACUUGUAGGCUGACCUUCAGUUUAUGAAAUAAUAAAAACUGUGUUUACAUUUAAGCACUUACAAUAGAGGUAUAUGAAGCAAGACAUUGUUAAAAUAUGUUAAUGUUCCAAAACACACUGGCUCUGUUCCAAAACCUAAUGAGCUGCCUACAUACUAUGUGUGUGUCACUUGUCUGUCUAUUGUCUGUAUGACAGUAUGAAUGGAAGAAGGGCACAUUCAUGAAGCAAUAAUGAAAAGAUCAAAGCAAUACGUGAUGUAUGAUUAACUAUUUAUCAGGAGAAAAACAUUUCAAUUUUACCAGUUUGAAGUAAAGCAAUGUAUUCCCUGAGAAAGCACAGAGUUGUACUGUACAAUUAUUUGUAUAAACUUAUUAUAGGUCAAACUCUUAUGUUUCACUAUUAUUCCAAAGCCUUUUCUAUGAGAUUAUUCAACACCUGUGAGCACAUUCACUUCUUACCCAUUAUAAAGAGCAGUGGUGUGCUAAACGAGAUGCACUCAGUGAAAACUUUAUGUAUUUUUGGAUAUAAUGAUGGAUGAUUAUAAUUAUAACAAUGCUCAACGAUAAAAGUGGAAGACUGAAAAAUCACAUGUUGUGUUGAUUUGUACUAUUUAAAUGAGAAUAAAUGCAGAAAAUAAAAAACUUUAUCAUUGCAAUAAUAUCUAAGUCUUAUAUUGACAAUAGAAUCA